UUGUUUUUGUCUGGCCCCUAUAUUGAGACACCAAAGUCCUCUCUGUGAAGGGAAGCCCUCACUUUCCUUCCCCUUUUCUUUCACCACAAGACUGACUGGUUGUUGUUUACGCCAAUUCUCUUUUCUAUUUUUUGAGCGCAUCCGUCUGACCGAACUGAUGCUUUCACAAUUUUUUGUGUUGUUUUUCUUACCCCCCUUCCUCUCUCUUUUUUGCUUGUUUAAGCAUUUGGUUGUUAUUUGCUUGUCUCUUUCUUUCACUUUCAUUGCCCCAUUAUAGUAUUAUUUCUUUUUUGCUUUUUCAAAAUAUCCACGGGAUUUUGUUAUUUUUAAAAAUAAAAAUUUCGAAAAACAAUUUUUUUAAAUAUACAUUUCAUCAUAUCGAUUAUUGAGAAAGUUGGGCAUUUUGAAAAGUUGAGAUUUUGAAAGUUGACACUUUGACAUUUUCCUUUAAAGAUUCCGCGUUUUCAGAGCGUUUUAAAUUUUUCACAAAGCGAUUUCCUCUUAAGCCUCCUAAAAACUUUCGAGCCUUUCAACCCUUCUCUUAAGAUGGCGAGAAUGACUCAAAAACAAACAACGACAGACGAAGAAGCAAAACAAAUACAAAAUUUGCACAUUGAAGCAAAAACUGAAGGGAAAAGGAGUGCUCCUAGUGGACGAUUGAAUGCUGAAAAAGUCGGAAUUGCUUUGGAAAGUAUUUUAAAAAUUAAAGAUAAUAAAUUGCCUUCCUCGACAACCGAAGAUGAUAUCGAGAACGAUUCAUUUUCUUCUUCGUCGUCGUCAUCUCCUUCGUCACUUUCCUCCCAUUCGAGCACUUUAAAAGUGAUGACAACAAUAAAAGAAAAACAAAAACAACAACAGAUGGGGGGUUAGUAGAAGGAGGAAGCAGU